UCCAAAUUCCUCCUCGCCAUCAUCAUGUCUUCAAGAACCCUUCAAUGGCUAAGCCUUGUGGGAAUCAUAUGGCUUCAAUCCAUAAAUGGAACAAACACAAACUUUCCCGCUUAUUCAUCCCAGCUCAAGCACCUCCUUUCCAUCUCCCAAGUGCAACUCAACAACCUUGCCUUCGCCUCCGAUGCCGGAAAACUCUUAGGUUGGUUUUCCGGCGUUGCAGCUUUUUACCUUCCCCUUUGGCUAGUUCUUCUCAUAGGUUCUUCUCUUGGGUUGAUUGGUUAUGGCUUGCAAUAUCUCUUUGUAACAAACCAAAUUUCUUGUCUCUCAUAUGGCCAUGUUUUUGUUCUCACUGUUAUCGCAGGGAACAGUAUUUGUUGGAUCAACACCGUUUCUUACGUUGUUGCCAUACGAAACUUCCCGUCUGAUCGCCAGGUUGUCGUGGGGUUAACAACUAGCUAUUUAGGAUUAAGUGCAAAGGUUUACACAGAUAUUGUAGAUGCUGCUUUUCCUUCUUCACCCAUUGAAAGAGCUAAAGCCUAUCUUCUUCUCAACUCUGUCUUACCUGUCAUAGUUUGUGUAAUAGCCGCACCGCUAGUCAGAGAAGUUGAUGUACAUGUUAGAAGGCCUAGAGACAUGAAAGUUGGGUUCAUUGCAAUUUUUGUGAUAACAAUGACCACUGGUGUCUAUGCUGUAAUCAGUAGUUUGGAGUCGAUAUCAAGAAAAUUAUCGUCAUGGAGUCGUGUCAUUGGUAUUGGCGUGUUCUUAUUGGCCCCAUUAGUGAUUCCGGCUGCAGAAAAGAUCGUAGAACUAGUAAGAAAAUAUAGGGAUAUAAAUACAGAAAGAAAAGUGUAUCAUUUUACUAUAGAGGAGGGUGAAGGGGCAGCGAGAAUCGAGAAUGGAGUGGUAAAAGAGACAGAGGAAGCUGGUGAGGAUAUUGGAGUAAAAGAUCAGAGAGAGGAAGGUGGUGAAGUUUGUGAGGUUGGUAUUAAAGAGGAGAUUGGAGUGAAGGAGAUGCUAAAGAGACUGGAUUUCUGGUUAUAUUUCUUUGUGUAUUUAUUUGGUGCGACGCUUGGCAUCGUGUUUUUGAAUAACUUGGGUCAAAUAGCUGAGUCCCGUGGGUACUCGGGAACAUCUUCUUUGGUCUCUUUGUCUUCUUCAUUUGGGUUCUUUGGACGUCUCAUACCUUCCCUUUUGGACUACUCCUUCUCAAGGACCAAGUACAUGAUUUCAAGACCAGGUUCAAUUGUGGCUUUAAUGGCUCCAACAGCAGGAGCUUUCUUGUUACUUGUCAACAAAGCCAACCUUUCUCUCAACAUCAGCACUGCCGUCAUAGGAGUGUGUAGUGGGGCAAUUACUUCAAUCGCCGUAUCCACAACCACCGAGUUGUUUGGGACAAAGAAUUUCUCCAUAAAUCACAACGUGGUGGUUGCCAAUAUUCCAAUAGGAUCCUUUGCUUUUGGCUACUUGGCAGCUCUUCUUUAUCGCAAGGAAGGAAAUAUUGGUGGGGAUGGCAAGUGCAUGGGCAUGGAAUGCUACAGGAAGACCUUCAUCAUCUGGGGUUCAUUUUGUUUUCUUGGGACUUUUCUAGCUUUUGCUCUGUAUCUUAGAACUCGGAAGUUUUAUUUAAGAAAAGUAUAAUUAAGAUAUA